AUGAAAACAAUCGCCUAACUCUUGAUGUUCUAAGAAUCAAAGACCUGUUUAACUUUACUGCGAAUAGUAUAUAAACUCUAUUUCUGAUUAGAUUUGUUAUCAGUUUUCUCAGAGUCCUCGAGUAACAAACAACCAAAAUCAUCAUGUUCAAAUUCGUUCUUCUUGUUGCCUUCUUUGGCUUGGCUGCUGCCGUUUCCGAUGAUUUUGCCGCUGAAACUAAGGCUCUUGAAAAUGUGAUCUCACCCGCAGGUGACUCCUUCCACUAUGGUUUCCAAACCUCAAACGGAAUUGAUGUCAACUCAGCUGGUGAUGCCAAUGUUAUCUCAGGAGCAUACAAAUACAUCUCACCCGAAGGACAAACCGUCGGUUUGACCUACACCGCUGAUGCUGAUGGUUACCAUCCAUCUGGAGAUCUUUUGCCUACACCACCACCAAUCCCAGCUGCCAUCAUCCGCGCUGUUGAAUGGAACUUGGCUCACCCACAAACCCAAGAAUCCGCUUUGGGACGUAAAUUCUAAGGCUUCAAUAAUUGACUAAUAAUAAAUUGGAGAUAAUAGUGAUAUGAUAAUAAAUGACCUUCCGGGUUUAAAGUAAAA